CGGCCGAGCGUGUGGCCGCGGCGCCGCCAACUCGUGUGGGACCCACCGCUCCAGCCGGCCGCCCGCGGUCCCGCGCGCGGGUCCUCCCGCCAGCAGCCGAACCCGUCGCGCGCCGCCCGUGCCCUUGUGAGGCUGGCAUGCAGGAUGGCAGGACAGCCCGGCCCCAUGUCCCACGGAGGGAGCCCGAACAGCCUUUGCCACACCCCGGGGCCCGCACACCCUCCUGACCCGCAGAAGCACCUGAGCGCCCUGUCUUUCCGCUGCUCGCUGGCAGACUUCCAGAUCGAGAAGAAGAUCGGCCGCGGGCAGUUCAGCGAGGUGUACAAGGCCACCUGCCUGCUGGACAGGAGGACGGUGGCUCUGAAGAAGGUGCAGAUAUUUGAGAUGAUGGACGCCAAGGCCAGGCAGGACUGUGUCAAGGAGAUUGGCCUCCUGAAGCAACUGAACCAUCCGAACAUCAUCAAGUAUUUGGACUCGUUUAUUGAGGACAACGAGCUGAACAUCGUGCUGGAGCUGGCUGACGCGGGCGACCUCUCACAGAUGAUUAAGUACUUCAAGAAGCAGCAGCGGCUGAUCCCCGAGAGGACGGUGUGGAAGUACUUCGUGCAGCUGUGCAGCGCCGUGGAGCACAUGCACUCCCGCCGGGUGAUGCACCGAGACAUCAAGCCUGCCAACGUGUUCAUCACGGCCACGGGCAUCGUGAAGCUCGGGGACCUAGGCCUGGGCCGCUUCUUCAGCUCCGAGACCACCGCGGCCCACUCCCUGGUGGGGACCCCCUACUACAUGUCACCGGAGAGGAUCCACGAGAACGGCUACAACUUCAAGUCCGACAUCUGGUCUCUGGGGUGUUUGCUGUAUGAGAUGGCAGCUCUCCAGAGCCCCUUCUAUGGAGACAAAAUGAACCUCUUCUCCCUCUGCCAGAAGAUCGAGCAGUGCGACUACCCACCUCUCCCUGGAGAACAUUACUCCGAGAAGCUACGCGAGCUGGUCAGUGCGUGCAUCUACCCUGACCCCAACCAGAGGCCCGACAUCGGGUACGUGCACCAGGUCGCCAAGCAGAUGCACGUGUGGACCUCGAGCACCUGAGCGCGGGCACGGCGUGCGUCCUCAUCAGCGCCAGCACCUCUCCGCCUUCCUCGAGCCUCCUCUCCAGAGUGGCCGCCCGGUAGCCCAGACCAACCGCGAGGCUUCGGCAGGCUGGCUCCCCCAGGGGGCCAGGCCUCACAGCCACCGCUGGACGCAGAGCAGCUGCGGGGAGGGGCCCUGGCCUUGUUACUGGUGAUCAAACCCAAGUCCUUUCUUUAAACUGUCGUGGACGGUUUCGGCCGAGCUAACCCGGGGCGUGUGGCUCGGUGGGCCAGCGACACAGCCCUCGAACUGGCCUGCAAUGUGAACCUCUAGGGCAGCUCCUGCAGUGACUGGACGAGGCCGACGCUGACGCCGACAGCCGCAGGGGCCUGUGAGCUGCAGUGAGCCUCUGGAAGUGGCUGGGGGCCCAUUCAGUGUAGCCCUUAGAAUCUUUUCAAUCAAGCUGUGUGCUUAAUUUACUCUGUAGUAAAGGGAUAAAGCGGGCAUGAUUUUCUAAAGUAGAGUGGAGAUUUUCCUAAUAUGUUUAUCUGCGUUUGUAAGUCGAUGAAGGAGGACAGAGGACCCAGCACCUGGCACAGCGCCUCGGAGACCAACGCUGUUGGAAAGGCAGGCGCCCGGCUCUCCCAGGCGCCCCGUCCCCGCCUGGCCCGACGCACGCGGUGUCCCCAGGGUCGGUGUUAGCGUCUUCCUCCGUGGAGAGCAAGCACGGGAUCCACAAACAUACAAGCAAACCGUGCCUUCGGGCUGCUCUCUGUACCAGUUCUCCUUCUGCAACUUCCCACCACGACCCUGGGCAAGUUUCCUAGCCUCUCUGAGCCUUAGUUUUCUCACCUGUGAAGUGGACAGGUAAUCCCUACCCUCAGGGUGCUGGAUUUGAUAUGAAAUAUGCACGUUGUCUAGCACAUUGCAGAGAGUCCAGACACGGUAAGCCGCUCACCCCUUCACAAAACCCAAGUCCAUGGGCCAUGGGAAGUCAAGAAUUAAUGUAUGAUGUGCCACUUCAUUUCUGGUUCCCAAAUAGGAUUAACUGUGAAGACUAAUUUAUAAAUGUGAAAUUAAGGAAAACUCAAGCUCUGGAGGAAAUAUAGUUUGAAUUUUGUCUUUACACCCAAGUUUAAUCCUCAAAUGGUCCACACCGUCAUCCUCUGAGCUGGCGACAGUUCGGCCCCCAGAGCGAGCGCGGCCCGCCCUCUGUGGGCGCCCUGGCUCGGCAGGGCCACCCCGGGACAAAGGGUUUGGGCUGGGCCACCGCUCUGCCCACAUGUGAAAUCUGUUCUGCUGUCAACACUGUCAAGUUUGAGAGAUUUCUUCCGACGCAGCCUUCGCUUUGUACACGUUCUCCGUGUUUGGAAUAAAGAGGGCGGGGGUACCCGU